AUGACUAUGUUCAACUUUGAGGCAAAAAGGCAUCUGCCUAGAGAAGGCGAACGACGCGCGACCCCAGAACAGGUGGAGCGCGCGGUGGUCGAGGCGGAUCAGAGGCUCAAGGUCAAGGGACGAUGA